GUAUGUAACUAACAGUGUAUGAUCUUCUUUUUCCAGGUCGAGCUCGAGCCGUUGAAGUGAUGAUCGCGAGGGCGUCCCGGUGCUGAGAGGAGACGACGGCCUCGGUAGCUACACCCCCUUGCACCCUUCUGUACCCUUCAUCCUUCCCUUCGCCCUCACCGCCCCCAGCGCUGCUUCUUCUCGCCCUCCCCCCGCUGUCUCCCACCCGCCCUCACCUCCCCUCCCCUUCUCUCCCCCCGAGUCGUAGCAGAAGCCUCCGUCUCCCGCCGCAACCGCGUCCACUGCAAGCAUGUUCCGGUCGUCGCGACUGCGGGUCCACACCUGCAAGAUUGUGCUGGUGACGUCGCUGGUGUGGUUCGUGAUGGACGUGGCGGUGAUCAUGUACUACAGCGACUGCUCGACGGGCUCGGGCUGGGGCUGCGGCAGGAGCGACGCGCAGGACCGCGAGAGCCGCGCCGAUCACCACCGCACCAACAAGGGCCGAGGCAUCCGGAACCACCGCGCCGACAACCACGACGUCGAUCUCGAGGGCUUUAAAUUGGACUACCCGCCGGAGGAGUUGCAGAAGUGGGUGUCGCGGCCGCCCGUGGCUGAGCACCCCGGCCUCCCCGGGGAGAUGGGCAAGCCCGUUAGGACGCCGCCGGGACAGGAGGCGCUCAUGAAGGAGAAGUUCAAGCUGAACCAGUUUAACCUACUCGCGUCGGACUCCAUCAGCCUGAACAGGUCGCUUCCCGACGUGCGCCUCGAAGGAUGCAAGACCAAGAAGUACCCGCCCCUGAUGCCGACCACCUCCAUCGUGAUCGUCUUCCACAACGAGGCCUGGUCCACGCUGCUCCGUACCGUGUGGUCCAUCAUCCAGCGCUCCCCCCGGCCGCUGCUGCAGGAGAUUCUGCUCGUGGACGAUGCGUCUGAAAGAGACUAUUUGGGCGAGGAGCUCGAGCAGCACGUGAAGACGCUGCCUGUCCCCGUGCGCGUGCUCCGAACCGUCGAGAGGUCCGGCCUGAUCCGCGCGCGCUUGCUGGGGGCUUCGCAGGUCAAAGGUCAAGUCAUCACCUUCCUGGACGCCCACGUAGAGUGCACCGAAGGCUGGCUGGAGCCGCUGCUGGCACGGAUCGCCGAGGAUAGAACCAGGGUUGUGUGCCCAAUAAUUGAUGUUAUCUCAGAUGAAACAUUCGAGUAUGUGACUGCCUCAGACAUGACUUGGGGCGGCUUCAACUGGAAAUUGAACUUCAGAUGGUAUCGUGUUCCUCAACGAGAGAUGGAAAGGAGAGGAGGUGACCGCACACAGCCACUGAGAACUCCAACAAUGGCAGGCGGUCUGUUCUCCAUUGACAAGGAAUACUUUGAGAAAAUUGGACGCUACGAUGAGGGAAUGGAUAUCUGGGGAGGAGAGAAUUUGGAAAUGUCCUUCAGGAUUUGGCAGUGUGGAGGCACCCUUGAAAUCAUCCCCUGCUCACAUGUGGGUCACGUGUUCCGUGACAAGUCACCCUACUCAUUCCCUGGGGGUGUGGUCAACGUCGUCAUGAAGAACUCUGCCCGUGUGGCUGAAGUCUGGAUGGACGAGUGGAGAGACUUUUUCUUUGAGAUGAACCCAGGUGCACGCAGUGUUGAUUAUGGCGACGUCAGCCCACGGAGAAAAUUGCGAGAAGACCUGAAGUGCAAGAGUUUCCGAUGGUUCCUGGAAAACAUUUACCCUGAGUCUCAGAUGCCUCUUGAUUACUAUUAUUUGGGAGAGAUUCGCAAUGUAGACACACAGAGCUGCUUGGACACUUUAGGUCGCAAGAGUGGGGAGAACCUUGGCACCAGCUACUGCCAUGGUCUAGGAGGCAACCAGGUAUUUGCAUACACAAAACGGCAGCAGGUUAUGUCAGAUGAUAAUUGCUUGGAUGCAUCCAAUCCAAGUGGGCCUGUUAAGCUUGUCCGCUGCCAUGGCAUGGGUGGGAACCAGAUGUGGACCUAUACUGAUCAGGAUGGAUCACUCCGACAUGUUAAUUCUGGUAGAUGUCUACAAAAGCCUGAUGCCCGUGAUGUCACUUUGCCCGUCUUGAGGCCAUGUGAUGGAUCAGCAGGUCAACAGUGGGUUAUGAAAGGCUCCUUCAAGUGGCAGGCUAACUGAGUGUAUGUCAUGACUGUUAUUUCUGAUGGUUACUGAAUUUCCCAGUAAUUCAUCUACAUUGUACAUUAGUGGACUGAGUAGUAGAUGACUGUGAAAUGCCUACACAUUUUCAAUUUACAGGAUAAAAUUUGUUAACUGUAUUUUGAAAUGUUGUAUGUGCAUUGUAUCCUUGGGGUAUACAAUCAUUAAAAAAAAGAUAUGUAAAACUAUGACAUACUAUGAACUUGUGUAUUUAAAAUGUGUGUCUUUAUGGAGAUUCAUGGUAUAUCAGUAGAUGAUUAUGCUUUAAGACAGAUAUGAUGUGAAAUAUAGGUAAAUUUCUACUGGUUGUGAAUAAUGGACCAGCUACUUAAAGAGCUCAAGGUCUGUUUUACCAAGAUCUUGGACUAUGGACAGACAUACCAUCCAUAAUGAAGCUAACAUUGUUUCAUCUUUUGUACUUAAUACACUUUUGAUUAAUGAAAAAGAUAGACUCCUACAUAGUGAUGGUUAUACUAUCUAAUUCUCUGGGCAUGGCAGAAAGAUUUACUUCUUAGGAAAUUAAUGUAUAGAAUUAAAAAUUGUGUUUGGUCCUUCUGUGGAAAUGAUAAAAUGUAAUCCCCAGAGUGGGGAUGUAGGUGAAGUUUGAGAAAACUAAUUUUUUGAAGUAUGAAGUUUUGUUAAAAUUUGAUUGCAGAAAGAAUGGUUAAAAGCAGUCUUAUAUUCCUGCCAAAGUAUAGAAAGAUUAUAUAAUACAUAGGUUCAAAGAAAAAAACUAUUUUGUGAGCUAGAAAUUAAUAUUAUAUAAACAUGAUGAUCAAUAUGGCAAUUAGUGUAAACAUACAGUGCAUGUUGUACCAAUAUUGAAAAUAUCUGCAGAUACAGUGAAGUAUGUACAUAUAAUGUAAAUAUGAUAUUAUCCUGUAACUUCCAUAGUUAUAUCUUCCUGUAUUUUCUGUCCAGGUAAGGAUGUGUAACUAGUGCCUUCUAAGAAAGCCAGAGAAGGUUUUGUGUUGUAAUGGAAAACCUGGCAUAUAAACUAGGACUAUACCAUAAGAGUUGGUGUAGAUGGCCAUUCAUACUAGUAGGAAAAGGUGCUGAGUAUUUUUUUUUUUUUUUUUUUUUUUACUACAAAAAUCAAAUUAAAAUUCAUUUGACAGUAGGUCACACCUGUUGUGAUUUAUGGGACUAAAAUGUGUAUAGUGAAAUAAUCCUGGAUUAUCAACUUCCCAAGAUUUGUAACACUAGACUUUCCACUUUUUUAUAUUAACAGACUUGUGAUUUAUCUUUAAUAGAUCUCCUUUCAUUAGCAUUCAAGUUACAAUGAAGUUUAAUAUAUAUUCAUGAAGUGAAGAGAUAUUUUUGACUGUUUGAUUUAAUGUGAGGUAUACAGAUUUCAUUUUAUUAUUUUCAAUACAGAGCAAGAGUUUAUGAUCAAGUAUGGCUUUGUAUAUGAUCAGUAGAUAAUAAGAGCAAAAAUAUAUAAAGAUCUUCCAUAAAUUAGGUGUAACUGAAAAUGUAAUAACUACUUGAGUUUAAAUAAUGCACUCAGUGAAUUCUAAACCUCUUGAAGCCAAAUUUGUGAACACUGUUUCCAACAAAAUGUAAUUAGAGUUUAAGAGGUUAAAUUAUAUUAUUAGUAUGCUCAAUGAACUUGAACCUUUAUGUUAAGCAGAUUCUUUUGUGCUAUCAUGAAGAAACUGUGAUAAUUGCACAAAAUGUAUCACUGGGUAAGAUUGGUACAGUCAGAUAGGGUAAUUAUUUAAAAGUUGCAUACAGAGAAACUCAUGUUAUGGUAUUUAAUGUAUCAAAAUUAGGAUAUGGUAAAUGUAAUGAAUGAUAAUGGCUAUACAACUACAUUGUUUUGCUAGAACAUCAUACCUUUAAAGUGAAGUGAUCUAUGAUUAAUUCCUACUAAUGAGCUGUUUUGAAAUUUGUACAGAAUGAAUAAAGGAUUAAAAAUAUAUUACCACGAUGUGAAUUCUCAGUAUGUUGAAGAGUUUUCUCGUGUCAUAAGAAAUUUGUUUAUUUCUCAGGUUACUAUUUUGAAUGAUAAGUAGACUAAGUCAGGUUAACAGUGCUUAGACAAGCAAGACAGCAUAUUAAGAAAAUACUUGUGCAACUCACUCUUUUAUUAAAGAACUUAAACAAUGAAGGUUGAUAUGGCAAAUUUGCUAUUUUUAAACCCAUGCAAAGAGAAGUGUAAGUUUAUGAAAUUUAAUUGAUAAAUCUAUUUGUGAAAUGAGGAAAAAGAUGAAAUUUUUUUGAAAGCCAACCCAAACUUCACUGACUGUCAGCUAUGAAUACACUUAAUUAUUUAUUAUUGUUAUCAUUCUUGUCUUGUUGAAAAGUCCUCAUGAUGGUGUGACAAUGGUUGUGAAUUUUUUGUGUGCAUUUUUGUUCUUCAUUUGCGGUGUUGGGACUAGUCUUCUUUUCUCUCUUUUCUGUUAUGAAGUAAUUAGAUAAUAUCUUUCAUGGGUAUGGAAAGUUCUUGAAAGAGAAUCUAUAGACAGGGAUCUGAAUGUUCAGACUUGUAAUACUUUUCAUGAAAUCAAUUCACUAGGUCCAUCAUCAUCUAGACAGUGUUUUUAGUCAUGAUUCAUCCAUCAAUAUCAUAUAAGAAAAAGAUCUUGACCAUAUUGUGCUACUCUGAAUUAUUCCUUGUGCCAAGACUCUCGGUAAAAAAAUUCUUCAUUGUGAAUUGUAUUAUCUUUGGAUAAAACUAAGAUAUGCAUAUGUCAUUAGUGAUUCAUAAAGUUACACAGUUGCCAUUGGAAAAUUAGUUAAUAACUAGAUUAGUUCCUUAGUACUAAAAAAGCUCCUUUUAACCCAGUGAUUCUUAAAAGGACAAGUAGAAAUGACAUAUGCAGAACAUAAAAGUAAAAUAUUUUGCUAUAUAUGGUCAUGAUUUUUUUGUUGUUGUUGUUAUGCUACCACUAAACAUUAUAUCACAGCUUACUUUUUAACAAGCAGAUUCCCCUCCCCCCCACCCCCACCCAAUUAACAGUGAACUGGAAUAUGUGAGGUACAACUUUUAGUGGGUUUUCCUUAAAAAUACCAUCAAUUCAUAGAAAAGAUAAGUGCUUUGGUAUUUUUCCACAUUCCAAUAUUAUCCACUUUCAUGCUUGUUUAAUAGGAAAGAAAAUUCCUUUGUGUGAGAUGCAUUUGUUUUGUGUUGUAUAUUAAGUUUGAAUUUGCUGAGUGAAUGUGUGAUAAUCUACAAUGAAACCCUUCCAUAUGAUAUUUUAUAACCUUAUUGGUUGUAAAAGUUUAUAAAAUAAGAAAAUAUGUGCCAAUGAGGAAUUCAGCAUUGAAACUUCAUAAGUAAAUAAGUAUGCCAAGUUGUAUAAUGUAGUGUGAGUGAUCAGCUAAAUAUAUUUGUGAUAGAGAAAAUUUGCAAGAACUGGACUUAUUAGGAAAUGAGCAUGAAAGUGGUGUUAUCUCUCUUUCCCAUUGGUAUUCUCUCUAUGUAGUGGAUCAUUCCAUAAUGCACUAAUGCAUUGUUUUCUUUCUUUAUCAAAGAUGUGCAUCAUACUUGAUUCUGUUAUGUGAUUUUCAUUGUUUUGAUAUUGUACAGUCUUCAUCAUUCCCAGUAGGAGUGGUAUUUUCUUGAAAGCUUGUUUUCAACCUUGGAAGGUUUUGACUAGAUGGAAACAGAUAAUUCAUCUUAUACAAGAGAAAUCUUGAAUGAACUUCAGGCUUAUAGGCAAUGUGACAAGUGUGUAGUUUUGAUUACAAAAUGUGAUUUAUAUAUAAACAAUAUGCACUUCACAAUGCUCGACUAAAAUAGAAACAAAGGCAGAUAGUUCCAUUUAGUGUUUACAAAACAGGAUGCUGGAUUUCCUGGUGAUCAUGUUUUAUUGACAUUAGGUUGCAUUUGCAGUGCACAAUUAGGGUUUUCUUUCCCCUUGGCAAUUUUGUAUUUUGUGUGUAAUUCUGGAAGAUAUAUUUUGUAUAUAUAUAUAUAUUAAUAUGUAUGAUUAGUGCAAAAUUUGAAAACUCAUUGCAGAAAGUGAUAUUCCACUAACUCUGACAGGUGUAAGAGAAGUGAAUGGUCUAAAAAAAAGAAAAGGAGAAAAAAAAAAUCCUGUAAGUCCUCUUCCAUCUUGUGUGAGGCAGUAUGACUGCUGUUUGAAUGAAUGAAUGACCCAUUAUUUAAAUCUGAAGCUCAUUCAUAUAUUGUUGUUUGCCUGAUGAAAUGUGGUUGUGAUUCUCUAUAUAAAUGGUACUUGCAGUGACAUUCCUUCCUUAUAAUGGAACCUACAGUUUUGAUUCAUUUAUAUAGCAGAAGCAAUGACCAUGUUUCAGUACAUUAUAAGAUCUGUGAUCAUAAUCUUACAUGUAUUGGGAUGGUUGUUUAAUAUAAACAGUUUAAUUUUGAAGUGACACAUAACUCCAUUUUUUACUAUUAUGUAAUUUAAAAGCUAUGCUCUACUUUAUAUGCAUAGAGAUACAUAACUUAACUGUUAGUAUUUGGUCUUUAAACCAAUGAUAAAUGAAGAUCAGUUAAUGUUUUUGUUUCGGAUUAAAAAAAAAAAAAAAGAGUAAACGCUUGAAAAUUAUAGAGCUAGAUUAAAUCAUCCCUUAAAUGUUAGUGAUGUGAUCAUUCCAUAUUGCAGCCAUACACAAUUUACAUGGCAGUGGAUUAUGGUUAUAUUUGUCUUCUGAAAUGAGUGGCCAUAUUCCUUUGUGAUGGCAUUUUUAGCCAUAUUGCUUUUCAAAAUCCAGUCUGGAAAUGAACCUUGUAGAAUAUUUUUACAUAGAUGGAGCCAAUCUUCAUUUUGCUGGGAAGUUCAAUUUCUUGUGCACACACAUUGCCAUUUUUUUUCUUUUAGGAUGUUGAGUUUACCUUUUUAAAAUUUUACAUUGUUUGGUGACUGAGUUACUAAAAGUGCUAUGUUAUAAAUUCCUAAACACGGUGCUUUUUAAAGCCAAACAUUAAGGGUCUUUGAAGUGUAAGUGUAAAGUGACAAGAUAAAUGUUUAGGCAUUAUGACAUGCACUUUACUUAUAGGUGCUUGCAUUCUACCUUAUGUUGGUCAUUUCUUUCUUUAUUUGUAAACCUAUAACUUAGGUAGAUGAAAAGAGUGACAAGUGACUUGCUAAUACUAUUUGUUGAUUGCAAGAAAAAAUAUAAUUUAUUUUUAUAUGUACCAUGUGUAAACAUCCAAUUUUUAUUAUGUGACAAGAUCAACUUUUUCAUUAUUUAUUUUGACUGUAAUAAUAAUAAAAAAAAUCAGUGGACAAGGAUUAUGACCUAUGGUGAAAUAUCCAGAUGACUGUAAAAUUAAUUUUAUGUAAUCAAAGACUGUGCUGAUUUAUUGAAAUGUUGGGAAGAUUUGUGAAUAACUGUGUGUAUGUAUGGUGAUGGGAACCUUACAAAGUUUUUAAUAAAAUAUUUACAUUA